CCACUGACCAUACAAACAACCAAAGCCCUAUGCAUUAUUUUCUUGGUGGCCACACCUUUGUGGGCAGCUAGCAUGCUCACGGCCGCAAAUGACGAACCGGAACCGCCAUGGGAGGAGCUACUCGGCAGCAAAAACUGGGACUCGCUUCUCGAUCCUCUUCACCUCUCGCUUCGUAAGAUCAUACUCCGCUGCGGUGAUUUCUCCGAGGCCACGUACGACGCCUUCAACGACGACCAAAACUCCAAGUUCUGCGGUUCGAGCCGCUACGGCAAGUCAUCUUUCUUCCACAAAGUAAUGCUGGAAUCCGCCUCCGAUUACAGAGUCGAGUCGUUUCUCUACGCCACCGCUCGCGUCAGUCUCUCCGAAGCGUUUUUGCUCCAUUCCAUUUCAAGGGAGUCCUGGGACCGCGAAUCGAACUGGAUCGGCUACAUCGCCACCACGACCGACGAAACAUCGAAAGCUCUCGGUCGCCGCGAGAUCUACGUAGUGUGGCGAGGAGCAACCAGAGGCUACGAGUGGAUCAAUGUUCUUGACGCCAAGCUUGAGUCUGUUGAACCCCUUUUACGUAGCAGUGACAAUGAUGAUGAAAACGAGAAGCAGCCUAAAGUGAUGCUCGGCUGGAUGACGCUUUACAUUUCCGACAAUCCCAAAUCAAGUUUUACAAAACUAAGUGCAAGGGCACAUCUUCUGGGUAAGAUCAAAGAGUUAAAACAGAGAUAUAAGGAUGAAAAUAUAAGCAUAUUGUUCACAGGACAUAGCAUGGGGGCUAGUUUAUCAAUUUUAAGUGCUUUUGAUGUGGUUGAGCAUGGUUUAGUCAACAAUAUUCCUGUUGCAGCCAUUGUUUUUGGUUCUCCACAGGUGGGGAAUAAGGCUUUUGAUGAUAGGAUGAAGAGGUAUCCAAAUCUUGCCGUUUUACAUAUAAGAAACACAAUUGAUGUCAUUCCUCAUUACCCUAGCUUGUUGUUGGGGUACGUUUAUACCGGGACUGAAUUCGUCAUCGAUACGAGGUCGUCCCCGAGCUUGAAGGACUCGACGAAUCCUCGCGAUUGGCAUAAUUUAGAGGCAAUGUUGCACGUAGUAGCAGGGUGGAAUGGAGAGAGAGGAGGGUUUAAGUUGAGAGUGAAGAGAAGUUUGGCUUUGGUGAACAAGUUUUGUGCGUUUUUGAAAGAUGAGUGCUUGGUGCCCGGUUCAUGGUGGGUGGAGAAGAACAAAGGGAUGGUGAGAAAUGACAAGGGAGACUGGGAAAUGGCUCCACCAACCGAGGAAGACUUGCCUACACCUGAAUGA